GGAGAAUUGAAUGCAAACCGCGCGCGCCCGGCCUUGUCUGGGAAAUACGACGCGGAACUAGUGGGGGGUUUAGAAGAUCUCUCGCUCAUCAAAACAAUUCGUUUGAGCUGGGUUGAGUUACAACGUCGUAGACGGUCGUCGCGAGAAGAUGUGGGUGGUUCUGGUGGUGGCUGGUUUGCUGGGGUCCGUUGCUGGGGAACAUCCGUGUACGGUGAGGUUCGGAGAAGGUCGCGAUGGUGAGGUUAUGGGUGUUGGAGUGCUGAACACGACCUUCAACGGGUUGGUGUACUGUGAAUAUCUGGGGAUUCGGUACGCUGAGCCACCGGUUGGGGAGCUGCGGUACAAGAGUCCAGUGGUUCGAGAGCCAAGCGGAUCCGAGGACUACAGCAAGCUGGGAAGCAUCUGCGCCCAGUUGAACUCGAUCGCGCAACCUACGCAAGUUGUGGGCGAUGAAGAUUGUCUCUUCAUGAAUGUGUACAGUCCAGCUGUGAGGGGUAGCAGUUCAGCGAGUAGGAAGUAUCCAGUGAUGGUUUACAUCCAUGGAGGAAGUUACGCCAUUUGGUCACCACAGACGGACAUGUUUGGAGUGGAUCUGUUGAUCGAGAGUGAGGUGCUGAUCGUGUCGUUCAACUAUCGAUUGUUUGUGCUGGGAUUCUUACGACAUCCAGAGUUCAACGUAACUGGCAAUUAUGGCUUGAAGGAUCAACUAGCAGCUAUACAGUGGGUUCAACGGUACAUCGAGGCAUUCGGAGGUGAUCCCAAUAAUGUAACCAUAAUGGGUCAAAGUGUAGGUGCCCACUCAGUAACCUACCACCUGUACCUGGAACCGUUCCGAGGGCUAUUCCACCGAGUAAUCGCCAUGUCCGGAUCGCUGCUAGCGCCAUCGGCCAUGAUCUACCAACCGGAAGACUACAACCAUCAAUACCUGGAAUCGCUCCACAUCCACACGCAAGAUCAGCUGAUGCAUGUCCCCUUCAAAGAUCUCUUCCAGUUCGACAACAAAAAGCGAAGAUUCAUCUUCUCCAGCAUCGCACUACCAAUCUUCUUGCCCACAGUUGAAAGCGCAUCCGAUCCGGAUGCCCUUCUCACGCAACCCGCUCAUGAACUAAUACUCAAUGAACCGGUCAACCAAGUUCCGCUGAUGAUCGGAAUGACCUCCUCGGAGUUCCUUCCCUACUUCACCACCGCACGCAGCUUCUCGAUCGAGGGCAACUUCCCAAACCGUGGAAACUCGUCCUACUUGGACGUGAUCAAGCGGUUGAUCUGGAAGGCCAACAUUCUAGUGUACAAAGUUGAUCCUAAAGGGACAGGCCAACACUUUUUCGGGAAGUUGUCCGACCUGUCCAACAUGUACUUCCCCGUGAAGAGGCUUCUUAAGCAGACCAGCGAAAACGGUUCGUACGGAGCACCGAUCUACUACUAUCAAUUUGAGUUUGAUGGUCAGUUUGGAAAGUACAAGAAUUCGUACUACAGAGAGUUCAUCGAUUUCAGUAUUGCUGGUGCGAUGCAUGGUGAUGAUCUGGGCUAUCUCUUUUCACCAUACGUCGUGAAAGAGGCCUUGGCAAAUCGCACUAAAUUUCAGACCGAAUGGAAAGUGACCGAAAGGAACGUAGAGCAGAUCGCUAACUUUAUCAAGUUUGGAAAUCCAACUCCAAACUUCACCGACAACAUCGAAGUCCUCUGGCCACCGUACAACUCAAGUGACAACGCCUCAGCCUUUCAGUAUUUGAACAUCAAUGAUCGGAACGAAGUUCGUGUGGACAACGAUCGGUCGAACUUUGCCUUCCAAGUUUGGAACACCAUCCACAACUGUUUGUUCUACUUCGAGUGCACCCCAGUGGACAUCCUGCUGAAGAAGAUCAUCCAACAGCUGGAAAGUCGAGUAACGAAGCUCGAUUUAGACAGCCUGUUCGACUCCGAGCAGGACAAUUUAGCGUAAAUUUCUACUAGAACAAUGUUACCUGUUAAACUGAAACCAGUCAUAAACAAUCAUUAAUCUUACUCCGAACGACAAAA